AUGGCAAUGAAAAUUGUUAUCCUGUCUAUUUUAUUUUUUAUUGUUCCUAUUUUGAGUUAUAAGCCUGUGGUUCUUAUCCAUGGGGUGAUGACUGGAAGUGCUAGCAUGGAGUUGAUUAAAUUAAGGAUCGAAGAGCAACAUCCCGGUACAAUAGUGUACAAUGUGAACAGAUUUGAGAGCUGGUCCAGCUUGGAGACGAUGUGGCAUCAGGUGCUGGAGAUUGGCAUGGAUAUAGCCAACAUAUCUAGUCGACAUCCUGACGGCAUUAAUCUUAUUGGAUAUUCUCAAGGAGGUCUGAUAGCUCGUGGCAUUGUGGAGACAUUUCCAAAUGUGUCAGUUAGCACAUUUAUAUCAUUGAGCUCACCGCAGGCUGGACAGUAUGGAGCUGGAUUCCUACACCUGGUGUUUCCUGGUCUGGUGAAGGAUACAGUGUAUGAGCUGUUCUAUUCCCGAGUUGGACAACAUACUUCUGUUGGCAACUAUUGGAACGACCCCUACCAUCAAAGCCUGUAUGAGUCUUAUAGCGUGUACCUGCCAUACAUAAACAAUCAUUUACCGUCAGCAAAGUCAGCGGAUUUCAAGAAGAAUUUGCUGAGAUUGAAGAGAUUGGUGCUGAUCGGAGGACCUGAUGAUAAUGUCAUCACACCUUGGCAGAGCAGUCAAUUCGGCUACUACGAUGCGAAUGAAACAAUCAUCGAGAUGAAAGCUCAAGAUAUUUACGUUGAAGAUAAGAUAGGGCUUCGGACCUUGGAUGAGACGGGACGACUCCACGUGGUAACUGUGCCAGGGGUGAACCAUUUCAAUUGGCAUAUGAACAUGAGUAUUGUUGAUGACUUUUUACUCCCGUAUUUGGAUUAA